AUGUUAGAACGUUAUUUAGCAGGACCUUAUGCAGUAAAAUAUCUAGAUGUUGAUCGAAUAGUUACGAUUGGUAUUAGACCAGGUGAGUAUGAUUAUAUUUGGAACGUCCAAGAUAAAAUUUAUCACGCAUUUGGUAAUUUAACUGAAUUAUUACCGAAGAAUCAAAUUCUACGUUUAAGUGAUAAUGGUGAACCAUUAAUUUAUAGUGCCAUCUUUCUAUCCUAUAAAGACAGAAUCGAUAAUAAUCAAGCAAUAAUCACAGUUCAAUCAAUUAAUGCUGAUGCUUCUGCUGAUAAUAUAACAAGCGACGGCUAUCCUAUUGGUAAUGAAGAUUAUCAACCAACUGCCGAAUUCGAAAAUAAAAAAUUAAAAUUUCAAUGUUUAUUUGAAAAACGUAGACGAGAGAAUAAAAUUAUAUUUUAUUUUAAUUACCUAAUAACAAGUCGUCGACAAACAGCUGAUAUUCAGUCUGUUAUUUUCGAUGUUGUUUCAAUUGAACUAAAUACAAUUGUUACAUUAUGA